AUGAGAAAGCUUCUCUCUACUAUUACCAAUGGAUUCAUACUUCUUCUUGAAGACAUCGACAACCUCAAUAUUGAUUUGAGAUUUGAUAAGGAUAGUGAUGGUGACACUACGGGAAACAAAUGGGGCUUGACAGGAAUAUUAAACGCCAUCGAUGGAGUUUGGUCUUCAUGUAGACAAGAAAUGAUUAUAUCAUAUUCACAACUAACCUCUUACUACAUUGAUCCACGUCUUCUCAGGCCAUGCAUGAUGGAUAUGAAAGUCUUCAUGGGACAUUGUGGGUAUGAGGGUUUCAAAACACUUGCUGAAAACUAUUUGCAGGUAAAGGAUCAUGAUCUCUUCCCAAAGAUAGAGAGUAAACUAACUGAAGGAGUCAAAAUCAAUCCAGCACAAGUGGCAGAGGUGUGUACCAGAAAUCAUGAUGUUGACUCGGUUGUUAAAAGUUUGGUUGAGCUUCUAGAGAAAACAGAAGAUGGGGUGGAAGAUGGGGUCAUCUAUUUGAUCAUUUCGAGCAGAAUUAAAGAUAAAACUGUGUUGGACCAUGAACCAUGA